AUUGACUUUCAGUGGGUGCUUCACUUGGAGCAGGUUUGGUCUCGGCAGGUAUUGGCAUGGCCGUGAACUUUGAUGACGCCAAUGAUUGUGAGCGUACUGCUGCAAGCCUUAAAGUUAGUGCACGGGAUAAGAAGGAACUGGCUCAAAGAAAGCGGACAUUAAAGGCAGAGUAUGAAUCAAAAAAGUGUACGAAAACUAUCGAGCUUAGAAAUUGCAAAACAAAAAUCGACCAUCUGGCAAGGACGUGUGAUGGGCUAGCCAGCCUUGAAGGACUUCUGACAGAGUCAAUAUCAGGCUUCGAACGUGCCAUUUAUAUUGCACAGGAUUUCGAGAACGGGGUUCAUCGAACAUUACUACAAGGCGACGCUUUUCAACUCAUAAAAGAGGUAUUCCUGGAAUGUCCAGAGGAACUGCACGACGAAGCACAUGAUGAAAUGCGCAAAUUAAAGUUAAAGUGGAUUGAGUUAGAGCAAAUGUGUCUCUCCUACAGCAAUCGCCAUGACAUAACGUUUUUAAACACACAUUGUCACCAAGAGAAUUUGAGUUUUCUUCACUCUGAAGUAACUAAUGCUUAUGAAACUGUAAAAAUACUUCAAGAAUGAUCAGUCCAGAUUUAAAUCACCUACCAGCUAUCAAAAAUCUGGUAAAUUGUGAAAGAAACGAUGUAAAUAUGUGUAAAUAUUGAUAUCCCGCUUUGCAGCCUUUUUAUGCUGUUGUAUAAUGUAUUAUUAAACCUUUGCAUCAGUAUUUUACUCCGUACAAUUUCUUAAAUAAUCCAAUUGCCCUUCAUGGAUCAAUACCAUUUUAGGUUUUACUUGUACAUGUAUGAAAAAAAAAGUUUCUUAGCACAAGGUAAAAGCAAUUUAAAUAACAAAUAUGCAAUUGUCAAACAUCGAUACCAUAGGAACGCCCAAAGGGAAAUAUUAGAAAUCUUGGGUUCAUUGAAAGUUUUGAAGUAGAAUGCAAUAUUAAAACAUGAAAAUGAAUAAAAUUUGGAUUUAGAAAUUUCCGUAGAUGUUUUCAUACGACAGUUGUCAUGGAACAGUUUUAAAACAGUGAAAAGUAUUAUAAUAAGUAUUGAAUAAAAUUUUAUUAUACGUGAGCCUUAGAAAUAAUGUCUUUCAUGAGUAUUGAAUACAUGAGCCUUAGUAACAAAGUCUUUCAUUGGUUUUUGCAAGUUGAUAUGUUGAACUUUUGAACAAAUGUUUACUUUGUUUUGUUUUUAAGUUGUCAAAACCUGCAAAACGCAUGUUUUUGAUUCUGAUAAGGAAACCGAAGCAAUAAAAAACAAGCUAGAGUAUAAUUUUUGUUUUCCUCAUCAAACAUUUAUACAUUUGACUCAUAUUUAUUUUUGUAUUAUAAGUAUCAUUUAUAUUCUCUGCGUCUUUAUGCAAACAUGUAUAAUGUGUGUAAGCUUGUUAUGAAUUUAUGAUACCACGCACGUUUCAGAUAUUUAGCCACGUUUCAGAUAUUUAGCCACGUUUCAGAUAUUUAGCCA